UAUUAGUUUCGUAAGGAUUUAGACUAUUCCAUCUUAUUAGUUUCGUAAGCAUUUAGACAACGUAACGAAGGGAGAAUAUUCUAGAUGUUUUAGUCUGUUGGAGAUCGAGCAUGGAGUCCUUUGUGUCCCUAUCACUCACCGGUUUCUGUUGCGCCUCUCUGUCAGCAUGCGUCUUUUUUUAGUGCACUCUGCAUUUUUAAAAUUGCAGCCUUUUUUCCACCGAAAAGGAACUGAUUACAAGAAAGUUCUAUUUAUUUAUCUAUUAAUUCUUCCACAAAGGUACUAGGAGAUAGAUACACGCUACUGAAUCUUCUUUUUGUUUUUCUCUUUAAAUUUCUGCAUUCACGAGACACACACUUCUCUGAACCAACACCACGAUGCGCCCAAAGAUUGUUCUUUUCGGUGAUUCCAUCACCGAGGAUUCCUUCCAACUUGGAGGAUGGGGUGCUUCUCUUACCCACCAUUUCUCUCGCACGGUGGAUGUGGUUCUUAGAGGGUACAGUGGGUAUAAUACGAGAUGGGCGUUGAAGAUGUUGGAAAGGGUUUUUCCUGCGUCGCAGGAAACUGAUCCUAUUGCUUUGACUGUUUUCUUUGGGGCUAAUGAUGCUUGUCUUCCUAAUAGAUACUCUGCUUUUCAACAUGUGCCUCUUUCUGAAUACAAGGAGAAUCUUCGCACCAUUGUCUCCUUCUUCAAGAAACGAUGGCCUACAACUCAUGUUCUCCUCAUAACUCCUCCUCCCAUUGAUGAAGAAGCGCGACUUAGGUAUCCAUAUCUGGACAAUCCAGAGAAUCUUCCCGAAAGGACAAACGAGGCUGCUGGUGAAUAUGCUAGAGCAUGCAUUGCUGUAGCCAAUGAAUGUCAAGUUCCCGUCAUUGAUCUCUGGACCAAAAUGCAAUACUCAUCCGGCUGGGAAAAAUACUAUUUAAGUGACGGUUUGCAUCUGACUAACGGAGGAAAUCAACUUGUCUUUGAGGAAGUUAUCAGAAAGCUGAGAGAUAUAGGUUUGAGUGUAGAAUCUGUGCCAAUUGAUCUCCCUCUUAUUUCUGAUAUUGAUCCUAAUGACCCAAUGAAGACAUUUCUAUAGUAAAUAGAUGAUAUUAUCUGAAAGUAUUUUGAUAUUUCUUUUGCUGCUAAGAAUUAUCUAAAAGUGUCAUCUAUGGAAAACAAUAUAUUCUUCAAGUGAUAUAUGCUUUUUCUUUCUGAAA